GACCAGAUAUCAGAACGGAAGAAAAGGGACCAUACAAAGAGAAAAGUGAGAAAGAACAAACAAAGGAAGGAAAGCCCAAAGAUGUGGAAAGGAAACCAAGAUAUACAUGCGAACUGGAUUUACCAUAUUAG